CCUGUCCAUGCCCGCCAUGGACUGAGUAUUGCUGGAGUGUCUGACAGGAAGGAUCUGUAUAAAUAAACAUUACUACCUUUGACUUCUCAACAUUAUUAUUGUGGGUAUCAUCCACACCCUCACUGCAGAGCUCGUAGUCUGGAGCCUACACCCUGACCAUGUCUACAACAGAAACUGGAAUUACGUUUCCAUGGCAACUGCCGCUGCUGCUGAUUGUGCUUGUGUUGCUGGUGUACCUGUACGGCAUCUGGACGUUCAGCACGUGGUCUCGCCUGGGCAUUCCAGGCCCCAGACCCUCCGCCUUCGUGGGUAACCUUGGUGACUUUCAAUCAAAGGGAUUUCUAGCAAGUUUUGAAGAAUGGAGGAAGACAUAUGGUAAGACUUAUGGCAUCUACUUCACUCGUCAGCCGGUGCUGGUCACGACUGACCCUGCCAUACUCAAAGAGGUCAUGGUGAAACAGUUCCACAACUUCACUGACCGUCACUUUAUCACGGCUGAACUAACACAAGACUACUUCAGGAGUAACCUUUUCCUGUCUGGGGGCGACACGUGGCGGCGCUACAGACUAGCAAUGGCGCCUUCUUUUACUUCCGGAAAACUGAAAGCAGUAAUGACUUACAUAACAAACUGCUGUCAAACUCUGACUUCGGUUCUGGAACAAAACGCCAAGGCAGAGGAUAUUGUUGAUCUGAAAGAUCUGUACCAGCGUUUCACGAUGGACGUGAUUGCGGGUACGGCUCUAGGACUGGAAACCAAGAUGUUGACAGACAAGCGACCGGAACAACAACAGAUGUUGUCGGCCAUGAACGAGGUUUUUGCCAGCACUGUGGCCGACUCCCUACCUGUCCGCCUCGUCGGAAUAUUCCCAGCUCUAGAAGCGCCUCUUCGCUGGUUGGGUUUCGUGGCCAUUCCUCCCAACGCUGCCAGCUUCUUCAAGACAUUGCUGGACUCUCUCAUUCGCCAGCGAGACAUCCACCCGACAGACUCUCACAAGCGAGUGGACUUCCUCCAACAGCUUCUUGACCUGAGGGUCAGGCCAGGUCAGCACGUGCAUGACGUCACGGAGGAACCUUUCGGGAAAAAACCCACAAAAUUGUUGACUCAGCAAGAGGUUGUCUCCCAGUGUUUCAACAUCGCUCUGGCUGGCUUCGAAACAACGGCCUCAGCCCUGAGAUUCUUGACCUACCACCUGGCCAUCCACCAGGACGUGCAAGACAAGGUGCUGGCCGAGAUCCAGCAGGUGAUUGGCGAGGAAGAAAUCAGUUAUGAACACCUGGCAGAACUCAAGUACCUGGACUGCGUAAUCCUGGAGACGCUGCGAAUGUAUCCCAGCACCCCACUCAUCGGACGACGCGCCGCCUCCACUGCAACCGUCAACGGCGUAACGAUUCCUCCCGGCGCCAGCGUCUUCAUCCCCAUCUACGCCGCUACCCACGACCCCACCAACUACCCCGAGCCCCACCUCUUCAAGCCUGAGAGGUUUGAGACUGUGCACCAAAGUAUCCUCUCCUUGCUUCCCUUCGGUCUGGGUCCUCGUCAGUGCAUUGGUAUGCGUCUGGCACUGCUGGAAAUCAAGAUGGCAGUCGCCCACGUCCUUCCCAGAAUUCAAUUCGCCCCCUGUGACCUCACACCGGCUAAUAUCAACUUUACGAACCGACUGCUGCUGCUUCCCACUGUCCCGAUAUGUGUCAGUGCCAAGCUACGCACGUGAUGCCGGCAACGCAUGAUCUCGUUGUCACGUGACGUGAAUACUCGCUGUCUUUAACACAGUACGCGCAACGCUAGCCGGGAUUGAACUUAUUUUCAUUUUAUUCACACAUUAUAUCCUUCCCCUUCCACCAGGGCUGCAGAAACUUGCACAACCACAUCACACUUUAUCGAUGCCGUAGAUCACCAUCCCUACUGUGAUCACUUAAACUCUGUCACCAAAUCACAGACAUGAUGUUUGCUGUAAUCACGUGAGACUCCAUCACUUAUCAAUUAAUCCUUUUUCUUUCAUUCUGGAAAAUUAUCACUAGAAUAUUGUGAAAUAUCCUAAUGCAGCCUCUUCUGCUUCACAAAACGCUUCUACUGAGAAAAAGUAGCCAUUUUAUAAACAUUAUUUGUAAUAGUUUUGAUAUCUUGUCAUUCUUUAGUAUCAGUUUUCCUUUUGUUGUAUAACACUGUACGUCUUAUAGGUAUUUUCUUGAACAUUUACUCAAGUUCUAUAUGAGAACAUUUUAUGGGUAAAUUAGUUUUUGUGCUUAAUUUCAGUUUGUUCAUACCCAUGAAGGGGUGACUAAAGAAAAUAAUUUUAUGUCCAAAAUAUCAUGAACAUAAUAAAGGUUGAAUGAAACAUU